AUGAUAAUAAUAUUUUUACACAUUUUCUUAUGUUGUUGUAGUGGUUUGAUAACUAAAGUACAAAACCCUGUUUCACUAGAAAAUUUAUCCUCCAACUCACAAACACACAAAAACGUGGUAUCGGCCGGUGAUGCUGUGUUGAGAAUAGAUUCGUCGGAAUUGCCUGAGAUUAGUUGUCCGUACGGUCAUCACAUUACAGUUGUGAAUGCGUUUAUCAAGUGUAAUCACGCUGAAUUGGACGUGACUGAAGAGGUUUGGAACCUCUGCAGACAUAAAAACUACUGCAAACUCAAUGAAUCAAUUUAUAAACAAUGCACAGAUAAGUCACCUCACUUCAAAUAUAUACAAUUCUCUUGCAUCAAAUUGUUGGGAUAUGACUGUGGCUUAUUUUAUGGAGUGGACGUGGGUGAUGAGGAGAUGUGUCAGAUGUUAUGUCUGAACUAUGUCCGGAGUUGCACGUCACGGUAUGACUUAGUGCCCAGGGAACACUUUCUCAUGUGCCUCGCUAAAAUGUUCUCAAGAAAUGAUAUCAACAUCUGCAAAUUCCUUCCAGACUCUAAAUUAAAGGAAUAUAACUCUUUCAAACUUGAUUAUUAUCUCAAACCAAAAUACAUAUUGGAGAGUGUGGAGAUAAAUAACUAUGAGUGGACUGAGUUGAGGUAUAAGGAGGAGAUAGAGAAUCCGAUAGUAAUUAUCUCACCGUUAAACACUGUACAUAACAUUAUUGUACUUGUUAAUAACAUUACCAGUGCAGCAGCAAGUUUAAUACUGCACUGUGUAGCAGAGAGUAACAGGAGAAUAAAAUUACUCGCCGACGUGUUAAUAAUUAGUAUUGGAAAUCACUCAACAGAGUUGGGAAAGCAAAUUGUCGUCGGGUUAAUAAAAAUAUCCACGGAUGAGACUGUGAAGUUACCACUGGAUCCUGCAGACGAUUGGGUCAUAGUACUCAAGAGUCAAACUGACGUAAUCGUAACUACAAUACUGCAUGACGAUAAUAGUGUUAAAUUAGAGUCCCGGGGACGGGUUAGUAGGGUUAAAUUAGGGUACCUGGCCAUUAGUAAGGUGAGAACUGACUCCACCCUGCUAUACGAGAAUGAAGUAAAGUAUAAACAAACCAACGUCAGAGACGUGAAGUUGACCGUUUACUCCGUGCCAUUUGUAACGCCAGUACAUAAAAUAACAGAUCCCACCGUACACAAUGUCACUCUCAACGGAUUUGAGGGUGCGAGUGUUCUGAAUAGGGAGAGCAUGUUGGAGUUAAUUCCUCACUAUGACGUCUUGAUGCGUUUUAAGGUGUCUGACGCCGCCGUGACUCUGAACAUAAUCACACUGGAGAGCAGUGUGAUUGUCUGGAUUAAGCGCAUUUGCAAGUACGUACGCCGUGUAAACCUCAUUAGUAAGCGCAACUGUUAUCACCAGUGUGUUAACUCUUCAUAUUUGAGGGAGUGUCUUCAAGGUGACACAAGUCACUUUUUCAGCUGCUACAGGACCAAAUCGGAAAACUGCGAAAUCCUAAACCUCGUCUCACUCGCACACCUCGUCCUACAGUACAGAAAUGAUAUUCUCACACACUACUUCAUCACCAACACCAUCAACAACAACAACACAAUUAACAAUAUCAACACAAUCAACAAUUUUAACACCGUAAACAAUUUUAACACUGGCAACAGAAUUCGUACCGUAGACAAUAACAACUCUCCUAACACUAAUAACACAAUUGUUAGUGGUAACACAGUGAACUCAGUUGGCAGUAGUGACACUAGUGACACUACUAAUACUACUAACACAGUUAGUACGUUGAGAAUGGGUUCGGUGUAUUCGGAAUGGAGUGAGUGGAGUGAGUGCAGCAAGAUCUGUAACGACGACGUGAGCAUGUCAAUAAAGAUUAGAAGGAGGUUAGUUUACUACUCCGGACACUCAAAUGAUCAAACUCUACAAUCCGUCGAAUGCCACAAAAUCCUACCCUGCAACCAACUUUGCUAUUAUCGCACUGUAAACACUCGUGAUGGCAACUCUGUCAACAGUAACACUGUCAAUAGUAACACAGUUGGAGGUAACACUGUCAACAGUGGUACUAUUGAUAGAAGAGGAGUGAAUGGUGUGGAGAGGGGUAGAUAUUUUUUUGUGUGGAACGUUGGUUGUAAGAUGAAGAGGGAGAGGAUCGAUUUGGGCGACAAAUUAAUCACCGUGGCUAAGAUUUAUGAAGUUUCAGAGUAUGAUCAGAACUGCGAUUACGAUUUUAACUAUUCCGCCUGCGAUAGGCCAAAUAACGACCCCAACGGACACAGACACUUACUACUCAAUAUCAAAUGCCCCGCCACAACCAAACCCUGCAAACCAACACACACAAUUUCUAACAGUAGGGAUGCCGGAAAUACAGUAGAAGAUAGUGUGGGAGAUAACACAGUAGAUAACACAGUGAGUAAUACAUUGGGUAAUAAUGUGGAAGAGGGUGUAGAAAUGUGUUUGAUGUACAAUGUUGAGUAUGAUGGCGAGAGUUGGGUGAGGGACGGGAGUUGCAUAUGUCCAGAAAAUACAAUUCCUUGCAACAGUAGUGAAGUAUUCAAUAAAGAUUUUAGUGGGGUUGGGAUGCAGGAGCAUGUAUCAUUGAGUGGGUAUGAGCGUCUGGUGGUACCGUUGGGAUAUAUUAAAGUGCCAACUUUUGACUUCUUUUCCUCAGACUCACAACUAGAAAACUAUUGCUCAAACGGUAAUGUCAACUAUGAAACACUCAGUAACGAAUUGUUAUACGUCAGCUGUGAUAACAUUGGCAAUUAUUCAUCCAACUAUACAGUAUCAAUAGCGGACUGUGUGAAAAAAUGUGAGAGUAUGGAGAAAGAGUGUGAGAGUGAGAUGUCUGAGUUGACUGAGUUGGAGUUGAUAAAGUGUUUAAAAAAGUUUAUAAAAGAGUCCACAAAGUUUGACGUGAUAGUGUUUAGAAAUUACCUGGAAAAGUACUAUAAAAGUGUGCAAAUUGACGACAUCAGCACCGUGGCACACUUAAUCGACGCCAUCUGCAUCGACGAGAAGUUACACAACUUAUGCCUCACCACCGUUAAUAAUAUUGUCACAGAAUGUAAAUUCAUACUCGAACACACUUUUCAAAACAACGUUAAAAAAUGCCUCAAUCGACGGGUAAAAGAGUUGCAAAAGGGAGAGAAGUUGCAAAAUGUAUAUGGGUUUGGUUGUGGGUUUCGGAAAGAACGAAAAAUUAUUGGAAAUGGCCUGAUUUACUGCAAGGAAAUUCAUUGCCAGUUCUCAGACUAUUCCAAGUGGCUCUCCAACCAAAUUGAUAACAGUGUAAAUAGUGUACAUAAUAAUACUAAAAGUAAUGUGAGAAGUGGUAAUUUGAGUGGUGUGGAGAAAUUGUAUGAUAAAUUGUAUGAUAAAUUGUUUGAUAAAUUGUCGCGGCUGGGUGAGGGUUUGGAUGAGGAGAGGAUUGUGAGGGUAAUGAACGAGUUGGAGACCAGUGUCAGGAUAAGGUUCAGGAACGUAAUUACCGGAGGUAAAUCAUGUCAUAACAUUAGUAAACUAAUUCAAAUAUACCCAACCACAUUUGUCACCGAGCUGGGUCAAGAUUCCGAUGACAACCAACACAAAUUCUCAAGAAUCAUCCUCACCAAUCUUGUCAACCCAAAUGACACCGUAAAUAAUUCUGUUGCUAAUGAUAAUAAUGUGGAUAAUACUGUUGAUAAUUCAGUUGUUCUGAGGGAUAGUGUUGUUGACGGGGAGGGUGGGAUAAAUUGUAGAAUAUAUUUGGGCCAGAAGCAAAUACAAAACACCAAACUCAUUAUACAAAGGAACAGGUGUAGUUGUCCUUACGGGAUGAUUCAGUGUAGUAUAGAGGAAUCUUUGAGGAGUAGGGACUGGAAUAAGCAACUCUCGCUCGUCUGCAAUAAUAAAAUGAGAUCCAUUCUCUUUCUCAAUCGUAACUCAUUCUACAGAUAUUCGUGUUUAUCGUUGAGUUAUAUAAAGGAGGACUUUGAGUCGGUGAAGGAGUUAUGUAAUGAGGACGAUGGCAUGACGUUUAUAAGCUGUUCCGGGCAGACUUCGUUACUUGAAGUGUUUCUCAUGGCCUCUUUCAUGGCAUUCCUAGGCAUCACAUCCUCCUCCAUACUACUAACCUACCUACACAAAAUCAAACACAUCUCACUUCUCAAUUAA